AUGUCUCAAUUCAUGAAACAUGUAAUUAAAUGCAACAUUUCACAAGCAUAUCUUCAAUAUCUUCCAUUAAAGAACAUUCAAGCUCGACAUUUAAAUUUAUUAGAAUGCCAUAGCAAAGAUUUAUUGAAUCAACAUGGAGUUGCAGUUCAAAAAUUUAAAAUUGUGGAAAAUGCAGAUGAAACAAACAAUAUGCUUAAAUCAUUUGAUGUAGAAGAAUAUGUAUUAAAAGCUCAAGUAUUGGCCGGUGGACGAGGAAAAGGCCAUUUUAAUAAUGGAUUUAAAGGGGGCGUGCAUGUCACAAAAGAGAGAACAAAGAUUUAUGAUUUAUUGAAGAACAUGUUAGGUUAUAAGUUAAUCACUAAGCAAACUCCCAAAGAUGGAAUAUUAGUUACCAAAGUUAUGGUUGCUGAGUCUGUUGAUAUUAAAAGGGAAACAUACUUCUGUAUACUGAUGGAUAGAAGUCAAAAUGGCCCAGUAUUAAUAGCUUCUCCAGCUGGAGGAAUGGAUAUUGAAGAUAUUGCUGUUAAUUCACCCGAAUUAAUAAAAAAAAUUCCUAUUGACAUAUUUGAAGGUAUUUCUGAUAAAGUAGCAUUAGAUGUAGCCAAAUUUUUGAAUUUCAAUGAACCAUUGGCAUCUGUGGCAGCUAAUGAAAUAAAAAGAUUAUGGGAAUUCUUUUUGUCUGUCGAUGCAGUUCAAAUAGAAAUUAAUCCAUUAGUUGAAACAUUGGAUAAUAAAGUUGUAUGUGUUGAUGCUAAAAUUCAAUUUGAUGAUAAUAGUCAGUUCAGACAUAAAGAAAUAUUUGAGUUGGAUGAAACAAGUGAAUCAGAUCCUCGUGAAGUAAUGGCUAAUAAACAUAACUUAAGUUACAUCGGUAUGGAUGGAAAUAUUGGAUGUUUAGUUAAUGGAGCCGGUCUUGCGAUGGCUACUAUGGAUAUAAUUAAAUUGCGAGGUGGAGAACCGGCCAACUUUUUAGAUGUUGGUGGAAAUGUAAAUGAAAAUCAAGUAUACGAAGCUUUCAAACUGCUAACAUUAGAUUCGUCUGUUAAAGCAAUUUUGGUUAAUGUGUUUGGUGGAAUUGUAAAUUGUGCAACAAUUGCAAAAGGCUUAAUAAAUGCUUCAAGAAAGUUGGACUUAAAAGUUCCAUUAGUUGUAAGAUUAGAAGGUACAAAUGUUUCUGCUGGCAAGAAGCUUUUGGAAGAAUCUGGAUUACAAAUUGAAUUUGCUGCAGAUCUCGAUGAAGCAGCCAAAAAGGCUAUUUCAUCUCUAAAAAAAUAA